ACAAAGGACAGCGCACCACGGACACUGUCAUUUUAAAUCAAGCACUGGAUAUUUUCUGAAAGGGGACAAUUUACAACUUACAAUAACAAGGACACAAAGCCAAAUAUCUCAACCUUCAUCUGGUCUCUCUAUUUGCGUGGCACGCCUUUGUUUUCUUUUAUGGUCAGACAGCUUGCAGCGGAUAAAUUCAAGACAAAAAUCUGUUUUUGUACCGGUUAAUUGUUAGCUAGCUUGCUAGCCUCAGCAAGUUCGGCGAAAGCCAUCUGCUGGGGACAACACUAGACAGUGAUCACAACAGACACACUGGGAAUAAGGAUCCCGCCAGUCUGUUCGCGGGCAGGACCAGUAUGAGGCAUGAGCUGAGGCUGAGCUGACCCUCCCCCUCUUCCUCUCCCCCUCUGCCCCCUGUGCCCUUCGUGCCCCCUCCCUGAGGCAGCUCCUGCUCUUCCUGUUCCGUCCCUCUAGAGGCUCGUCCCGAUGUACUCCCCAGAGGACACCAUCUCCACCACCGCCUCCACCAAAGUGCCAGUCAAGUACGGGGAGCUCCUUGUGCUUGGGUACAAUGGGUCACUGCCGAACGGGGACCGCGGCAGACGCAAGAGUCGUUUUGCACUAUGUAAAAGACCCAAAGCAAAUGGAGUGAAGCCCAGCACAGUCCACGUCGCCUGCUCCCCACAAGCAGCCAAGGCCAUAAGCAACAAAGACCAGCACAGCAUUUCCUACACCCUGUCCCGAGCCCAGACGGUGGUGGUGGAGUACACACAUGACAGCAAUACAGACAUGUUCCAGAUUGGACGAUCCACAGAGAGCCCCAUAGACUUUGUGGUGACGGACACUAUCGCGGGCAGUCAGAGUAACGCAGACACUCAGUCAGUCCAAAGCACCAUCUCCAGAUUUGCCUGUCGUAUCAUGUGCCAGCGCACACCGCCUUACAACGCCCGCAUCUACGCCGCGGGCUUCGACUCCUCCAAGAACAUCUUCCUCGGGGAGAAAGCUGCUAAGUGGAAGACACCAGACGGUCAAAUGGAUGGACUGACCACAAACGGUGUGUUAGUCAUGCACCCUCGUAAUGGCUUCAGUCAGGACUCUAAGCCUGGCGUCUGGAGAGAGAUCUCUGUCUGUGGAAAUGUGUUCACACUGAGAGAGACGCGCUCAGCACAGCAGAGAGGAAAGAUGGUGGAGACUGAGAGCCAGGAGCUGGUGGAUGGUUCCCUUAUUGACUUGUGUGGUGCAACGCUGUUGUGGAGAACAGCUGAAGGACUGGCACGCACUCCCACACUCAAACACUUGGAGGCGCUACGACAAGAGAUCAAUGCAGCACGUCCACAAUGUCCUGUGGGCUUCAACACUCUUGCCUUUCCCUCCAUGCGACGCAAGGACACUCCUGAUGAGAAGCAGCCCUGGGUCUAUCUGCAGUGCGGCCAUGUGCAUGGCUAUCACAGCUGGGGCGGCCAUCUUGAGGAGCGGGACGGGCGAGAGGGCCGCCUCCGAGAGUGCCCCAUGUGCCGGGCCAAGGGUCCUUAUGUCCCGCUUUGGUUGGGCUGUGAGGCAGGCUUCUACGUGGAUGCUGCUCCGCCCACUCACGCCUUUAACCCUUGCGGCCAUGUUUGCUCUGAGAAGACAGCGUCCUUCUGGAGCCAGAUCCCUCUGCCCCACGGCACGCACACUUUCCAUGCAGCCUGCCCGUUCUGUGCGCAGCAGCUGAGCGGGGAACAGGGCUACGUUAGACUCAUCUUCCAGGGACCUCUGGACUAAUGGCUGUGUGGGAGGAGCAUGCGGCAGUGACCGCUUUAACACUAACUGUGUGAUUAAAGGCUUUUUCUGCAGUAACAGAAAAUGACAUUUUGUCUCUCAUUUUUAAGUGACCUUUGUAUUGCUUUUUCACACAUGACAAGAAAAGAUGUCUAUAUUUUCAUGAAACCAGACACAGAAACCAAACCAAGAACACUGCUGCGUAAAAUGAUGUUUCAUUUAACAGUAUUCAUCUGUACAUCUGUAGGGCAAACAUACAGUGUUUAUGUUCCUGUUGCAAUAUUUCCCUGUGUACCUGUGUCAGAGCUGAUGUUUAUUUAUGAUCCAGAGAACAGCCUUUAUCCCUCAGACCUUGAGGAUUUGAAAGUAGAUGGUGUGUGUUUGGUCUGAGGAUCAUGUUUCUAUGUUUGUCUGUCCCGUAUCCACUGAUCUGAGACCUGUGUCGUAUUUAUUCCCUGUCCUAUCUCGGGUGUGACUUUGUAUUGUGUGUAACCUCUUCAGUUUGACUUUCCUCUCAUUAGGAAGCAAGCAUCAUUGGCCUUUUCACAUUCAAAGCAAUACAUUUGGGAAUCUCCCCAAAGCAUUAUGGGAAAAUAAGGCAUCUGUGUAAGCAGCCAGCCCUUUAAAGAAGAAACUUUGUGUGGAUAAGUGAAUGUUAUAACAGAUCAGCCACAACAAUGCAGAUAAGUAGCAAGACUAUUAUAAACAUCAAGAUCACACUGAUAUGGAGGCAGAUCCUUGCUUUUUUCAGUUGAAAAUUGUGGCUUGCAAACCUAAAUAAACCCUAAUCAAGCCAAGCCAGAUCUGAUAGUGCCCUUCCCCAGUAAUAACAGCAGCAUUCAGACACUAGCUGUUUUUGAUCAUAUUUGCACUAAUACUAUAUUAGAAGACUCCAAUGGCCAUAAAAUAGUAGACACACUUACUUUGAACAUGGAAACAUGUUUUCAGUCUAUAUGCAAAUUUGUCUCAAAUGAAACAAGCUGCUCAUCACAAAAUACAAAAUGUCAGGACUGCUGCGUUCACAGCCUCAAUUCAGUCAGUCUGCCCCAGGGCAGCUGUGGCUACAGAUGUAGCCUAUCAGUGUGGAGUGAAUGUAUAUGGACCAUCAAGUCACACUUUGGGAGUGCAAAACAAUUUUAACAAUAAAAAUUAUUUUAGACAUAAUAGUAAUUUGAUUAUUUGGCAGAAACGAGAACACCAACACCUUUUAAAAGUUGUAGCAGUCUUGAUAUUUUGCAUGCUUGUUAACAAGAUCAGGUGCAUAGAACUGAGACACGCACUGUAGAAGCCUUCCCUCCAAAACAGCCUUUACCUCCUAGUAGGUCACAUGUUCACAGCCAGCUGGAGUGUGCAUUUUAGGCUACAUACAUCAAUGAAGAUCGUUUGAAUGUUUGUCUGUCCACACAGUUUUCACCAAGGUCUUCCUUUUACUCGGACUGCAACACACAGCUCACCUCAGGGAGAAACGUAACGCCCAUCUGAAUAAUCACAUACAGAUAUAACUAAGGUCUAAUGAGGAUACCUCCACAAAGGUCAGUGCUUUUGUUUGUUUUGUGGAGAAGGCACAUGAUAAAGGGCUUCUUCACUGUACUGUUCUGUCCAUGUCUGUCUCUAUCUGUCCUGCCAUAGUCCACCUGCUCCUGCACUGUCCCUCCUCUUCUUGUGCUUACAGGCAAAAGAAUGUUUGAAGCAUACACUUUUGUAACAACUUUAAAUAAUAAAGUGUAAAAAGUGAA